AUAUAAAUGUCUGUUUAUUCAAUGUGAAAUUAUAGAAUCUAUUUUGUGUUAUCAUGAAGUACUUCAUCAGUGUGAUAUUCACAGUGUUAAUUGGAGUCACUUUAUCUUACACUGUGAAGAAUAUAGAUAUAUCGAACACAGGAGAUAAGGAUGACUAUCAAUAUGGUAAUAAUUAUACUUGUUCCAUGUGUAUACAAUAUCUCACAAAAUGGCAAACAUAUUUGAACUCAACUGAAGUGGAAGCAGAGAUUGAAAGUUAUGCCAAGUUAACGUGUGCAUAUUCCUUAUUUUUCAGACAUCGGUGCGAAGAACUAAUGAUAAAAUACUUUAAUGAAACAUUCUCUGUUAUAGAGCAUACCAAUGCUACAACUUUAUGCAAGCGUACCUACAUUCAAGCCAGUCACGAAAAUCUCUGCUUCAGUAUCUGACAUGACAUGGAUUUUCUCAUAACCGUUGUAUGAUAGACAUUCCUGAAGAAAUUUCAGCAAAGUUUUGCUUACCCAACAUCCUUGAAUGUAAAAUAUAUAGCAUUUAGAUUCAACAGGUUUGUCUGCAAAAUUUCAUGUGUUUAGAAAAAUUCCUUUUGCAUAUUUGUAAGCAUUAACGAUCUUUUUAAGCGUCAAUUCAACCUUGGUUCAUUUAAUCUCUACAACUCAAAGUUUCCUUUACUUUUGAUCUAGAUAAGCCUGUUAUUACUCUUUUAUUCUUAAUUUCAAUGCUACAGUCCUCUUUUCGCUAUUUGACGUUUCUUUACUUCACUGAACGCUAGGAUAUUUUGAUAAUGUUUUUGGGUAUGUGCACCUUAGUUAUUAAAUUUUCGAGUUGCCAGUAAAAUAAAUAUCAUACUUAGUCUGUGGUUCAAUAGUCAGCUGAUUUUCUCAACUAGUUUUUUGUUUGCUGAACAGUAGACCUAACAUAAGAUGGUUUUUGGAAACUGUUAGGUGUGCAGUUCAGAACUGUGGAAUACGUUCAAGAUAAUGCCUAUAAUGCGUAUAUCAGUUGUUCUAAUAUUCGCUUUCAUUCCAAUUCCCCAAAAGUGUAUACGAAUGAAUGUGAAUAUGAG